AUGAUUCCCACGUGGCUCAAGACUUUCGUCCUUUCUGGAGCCCUGUUACAGACUGCCUUUGCUCUCGAUCUCCCCAAGUAUCGCGACAUCAAGACGGCUCAGAAUGGCGGCGUUCUUGAGGUCACCUUACACAACCAGGACUCGGCUAUCAACCUCUGGGGUGCUGGUUUCCAAGAUGGCAUAACUGACAUCGUUCGAAGACUUCGCAACGAUAGCGAGACCAAGGUCGUCAUCUUCAAGAGCGAUGUUCCUAAGUUCUUCUGUGCCCACUUCGAUCUCCUGAUGCCCGGUGUCGAAACCGCUGGACUAAAGUUUGCCAAACUCAUGCACGAAAUCUCCAACCUCCCCCAGGUAACCAUCGGCGCUAUCGAAGGUCGCGCUCGUGGUGGCGGUAAUGAGUUCCUGUUGGCUCUCGACAUGCGCUUCGCUUCUGAACCCGAGACACUCCUUGGUCAGACCGAGAUCGGUGUUGGCCUUCUCCCCGGUGGUGGCGGUAGCCAGUAUCUUCCUCGUCUUAUUGGUCGAGGUCUCGCGCUUGAGUAUCUCCUGAGCGGGAAUGAUAUCAACGCCAAGGAUGCAGAGCGAAUUGGUUGGAUUAACAAAGCCUUUCCCUCGUCUGAGGAGAUGUAUGAGUAUAUCAACGGCCUCACAUCGCGUUUCCGUCUCUUUCGCCUGCCGGCCCUUGCUGCAGUCAAAAAGGCGAUUAACGUUCGGUCGCUCCCUACUCUGCAGGACCUGGUACGAGAUGCUGAAUCUGUUGCUGACCAUAUGAGUGACCCAGCUGUGCUUGCUUUGGUCAGCAGGGCCUUAGCUGUCACCAACAAUUUUACUUUUGGCGAAGUUGAACUGAACUUUGGCCGAGAUCUUCCCCUUCUGUACGAGGAGAAAUAA